AUGGCGCUGCGAAAAGUCUGGCUCAUUACCGGUGCCUCUUCUGGCCUUGGUAGGCUCAUGACCGAAUUAGUGUUGCGACAACAAUAUUGCGGUCGCUACCCUCCGGAAGCAGAGACCCUUGAUGAUCUCCUGCCCCGGUGGAGCCCAGUGGAAUUGCUCGCAUUGAAGUGA